GCCAUGCCCAUUGCCCCCCACAUCAUUCUGCGCCCCUUUUGCAUUAGCCCCGUUGGCCGCCGUCUUGGACGGCAUGCCCGGUUCGGCUUCCGCGCGAGCUCCGCCGAGGCAGUUAACUGGGAGAAGAAGCAGGAGAUCAGCAACACGAGGGAUAAGAAAGCCGCGGAGGACACCGGGUUGAAGGCUCUGUAUGAUGAUGGGUUCGGGAGCGUCACCAUGAAGGAUUACCUAGAGGCGGUUAGGAACAUGCCCAAGGACGACGGCGGGCCACCUCGAUGGUUCUGCCCCGUCGAGUGCGGCCGGCCGGUGGUUGCUAAUCCACCUCUGCUGCUGUUUUUGCCAGGAACCGAUGGUAUUGGAAUGGAACUCAUUUUGCAUCACAAAUCUUUGGCCAUGGUAUUUGAGGUGCGCAGCUUACACAUACCAGUGCAUGAUCGUACGCCAUUUGAAGGGCUACUACAAAUUGUGGAAGAAUGUAUCAAAUAUGAGAAAGCUUUGUCACCAAACAGACCAAUAUUUGUAAUUGGAGAUUCUCUUGGUGGAUGCUUGGCACUUCCGGUGGCAGCUCGCAGUCCAAACAGUGAUUUGGUUCUUGUACUAGUAAAUCCAGGUGAACCCCUUAAGAUGGCCAUGGUGAGCAUUCAAAAUGACCCUUCUCUUCAAGGGGCUCUGCCAAUGUUUUCACAAACUCUUAGCUCUAUGCUAACUUUAACUUCUGAAAUUGGACAUAUCAUAGAAAUGGAUACUGUUGUGUGGAGGCUCAAGCUUCUUAAGUCAGGUGCAGCCUAUGCCAACUCUCGUCUUCAUGCAGUACAAGCGGAAGUUCUGCUUCUUGCCAGUGGCAAUGAGAACCUUCCGCCAAGUGGAGAAGCAGAUCGACUGUUUAAGACGCUGAAAAAUUGCAAAGUUAGAUACUUUAGGAACCGGGGUCACACACUACUAAUGGAGCAAGAUUUUAAUCUGCUAACUGUCAUAAAAGGGGUCAACAUGUAUCGCCAAGGCAAAAAACGGGACAUUGUGACCGAUUUCCUUCCACCUACAUUUGCUGAGUUCAAGAAAUCAACUGAAGAUUUCAAACAACUCAAUGAAUUACUAAGCCCAGUUAUGUUGUCUACUCUGGAGACUGGAAAAAUUGUUCGUGGACUCACCGGUAUUCCUGACAAAGGUCCUAUCCUGUUUGUGGGUCAUCACCAACUCCUAGGGAUAGAGGUACCUUCACUUUUUCAAGGGUUCUUGAAAGAGAAGAAAAUAACUAUCCGAGCAUUGUCCAACCCAGUAUUUUUUGUUGGAAACAAUUGGGCUUUGCGUCAGGAGUUGUCUCUAUUCGAUGUAGUAUCCGUAUAUGGCGGAGUACCAGUCAGUCCAAUCAAUAUGUAUAAGUUACUUGAGAAAAAUGAAUCCGUUCUCCUCUAUCCAGGCGGUGCGCGGGAAGUUCUGCAUCGAAAGGGUGAAGGCUACCGGUGUUUUUGGUCAGAUAAACAAGAAUUUAUAAGAAUGGCUGCCAGAUUUGGAGUUACUAUCAUACCAUUUGGUUGUGUCGGAGAAGAUGACAUUUUGGAGAUAGCUAUAGAUUACAAUGAUCAAAAGAACAUCCCUUAUCUCAGAGACUGGAUAAAAUCAUUCAAUGCAGAUCUUCCAAGUGUAAGAGAUACUGUGAUUGGGGAGGAUGGGAACCAGGUCUUGCAUCUCCCUGUCGUUCUCCCUAAAAUACCAGGUCGCUUGUACUUCCUGUUUGGCAAGCCAAUCGAGACGAAAGGAAUGGACAAUCUCCUGAUGGACAAGAAACUAGCAAACGAUCUCUAUCUACACACAAAAUCUGAAGUGGGGAACUUAGUGUCUUAUCUUAAGAGGAAGAGAGAAGAAGAUCCUUACCGAAGUAUAAUGCGUCGCACUUUGUACCGGGCCAUUUUGGGUGCUUCAGCUCAAGUCCCUACUUUCAAGCCCUGA